AUAUCUAAAUCGUCAACAUGAGCGCCGCAGCAGCAUCCCCAGUAAAGGAAGUCAAGAAGGCAAGCAAGCCUAAGGUUCCAGCAGCACACCCUCCGUUUGCUACUAUGGUAACCGCAGCUGUUGGAGCUCUCAAGGACAAGAAAGGAUCGUCCAAAAUCGGGAUCAUGGGUUACAUCAUGGCCAACUACAAGGUCGGUGAUGAUAAGAAAAAAGUCAGCUCAAAAGUCAAAACUGCUCUGAAGGGCGGAGUUGCUAAGGGAACACUGAAGCAAGUGAAAGGUGUUGGAGCUACUGGCUCAUUCAAACUCGGAGACAAACCCAAGGCAGUCAAGAAACCCAAGGCAGCGGCUAAGAAAGUUACGAAACCAAAGAAGGCCGCAGCAACCAAACCAAAGAAGGUCGCUGUCGCCAAGAAGACAAAGUCCCCAAAGAAAGAGAAAGCAGCGAAGAAACCGGCAGCUAAGAAAGUCGCCAAGCCGAAGGUCAAAACACCGAAGAAGGCUGGAGCCCAAAAACCCGUAGUCAAGAAACCUGCAGCUAAGAAGGCAGCAGCCAAGAAACCCGCCAAGAAGUAAACACUUUUCCAGUGUUUUGGGUCUUAUCAGACCCCUACCCCCAAAAGCCCUUUUCAGGGCUACCCAAAUUUUUCAAAAAGUGUCAGGGACACCUCGAAUAUACGCAUUUGUAUUCCAGAUUGCCGCGUUCCAGCUGAGUGAAAUGAGAACGGGUAUAUAUAGUAUUUUUUUGCUCUAUGUACGUAUCUGCCAAAUGUUUCAGAUGAAGUAUUCCGGUUUAAAGAACUGAAUUAAAACCAUACAGCAUUUAUCUAUGUAUGUGUGUGCGCUAAUAUGUCACUCAUGUCAGGAAUCUGACACAUUCCUUGUCUGGUAAGCCAUGACGUAAUCAGUCCCGACUCCCGGGGCUACAACCUGCGUCCGGUCCAUUAAUAUCCGGUAGUCGUCUGAUCUAUAGUCCCCGAGGGAACUGACAUACUGACGUCACACGCACCCACAUACACACCGGUACGAUCGAGAC